AUGACGGUGGUAUGCCUGAUCACCGGCAGCAAUGAGUUAGCAUACAGGGUGGAGGAGCUGAUCGUGGUCUACAGGAAACGGGUGGGCAAGAACGCCCCCAUCCACAUCGACUGGGCGGCAGUGGAGCAAGACGACUUUGUUAUCAGUGCCUUCUUACGCAAAGAGGGAUCCCCAGAGUUUAGCCUGAAUGCCCGUCGGCUUCUAGGAGCUCUGGACCAGGACCUGUACCCACGCCAGACCAGGACCUCCACGCCAGACCAGGACCUCCACGCCAGACCAGGACCUCCACGCCAGACCAGGACAUGUACCCACGCCAGACCAGGACCUCCACGCCAGCCUAGGUCCUGUACCCACGCCAGCCUAGGACCUGUACCCACGCCAGAUCAGGACCUGUACCCACGCCAGACCAGGACCUCCACGCCAGACCAGGACCUGUGCCCACGCCAGACCAGGACCUCCACGCCAGACCAGGGCCUCCACGCCAGACCAGGACCUGUACCCAUGCCAGACCAGGACCUCCACGCCAGACCAGGACCUGUACCCACGCCAGACCAGGACCUGUACCCAUGCCAGACCAGGACCUCCACGCCAGACCAGGACCUGUACCCACGCCAGACCAGGACCUGUACCCACGCCAGACCAGGACCUGUACCCACGCCAGACCAGGACCUGUACCCACGCCAGACCAGGACCUGUACCAACACCAGACCAGGACCUGUACCAACGCCAGAAGAGGACCUGUACCAACGCCAGACCAGGACCUGUACCCACGGCAGUCCAGGACCUCCACGCCAGACCAGAACCUCCACGCCAGACCAGGACCUGUACCCACACCAGACCAGGACCUGUACCCACGCCAGACCAGGACCUGUACCCACGCCAGACCAGGACCUGUACCCACGCCAGACCAGGACCCCCACGCCAGACCAGGACCUGUACCCACGCCAGACCAGGACCUGUACCCACGCCAGACCAGGACCUGUACCCAUGCCAGACCAGGACCUGUACCCAUGCCAGACCAGGACCUGUACCCACGCCAGACCAGGACCUGUACCCUCGCCAGAACAGGACCUGUACCCACGCCAGACCAGGACAUGUACCAACGCCAGACCAGGACCUGUACCAACGCCAGACCAGGACCUGUACCAACGCCAGACCAGGACCUGUACCCACGCCAGACCAGGACCUCCACGCCAGACCAGAACCUCCACGCCAGACCAGGACCUGUACCCACACCAGACCAGGACCUCCACGCCAGACCAGGACCUCCACGCCAGACCAGGACCUGUACCCACGCCAGACCAGGACCUGUACCCACGCCAGACCAGGACCUCCAUGCCAGACCAGGACCUGUACCCAUGCCAGACCAGGACCUCCACGCCAGACCAGGACCCCCAUGCCAGACCAGGACCUCCACGCCAGACCAGGACCUGUACCCACACCAGACCAGAACCUCCACAACCGGCUUCUUCACCUAUUGUUCAGAUGCAGGAUGAUGUCAUCAUGUUUGUGUUCCUCUCUGAUGAGGUCACUGCCAACGUGACCCUGGUGGAGCCUGUCAGCCAAGAGUUUGUCCAGGACCCACUUCCCGUCCCUUCCGGCCCGGCCUCUGAUACCUGCGCCACCCUGGAGCAGAGCCGCUUCUUCGGGCUGUUCUCUUCGACCGCCAACCUGCCCUCCACGCCGUGCUCCUGGACCCUGCAGAACCCAGACCCUCGCCGCUACACCGUCUACAUGAAGAUCACCAAGCCCACCGACUCCUGCCUGCCCCGCCAGGUCAAGACCUUCCAGUUCGACUCCUUCAUCGAGACCUCUCGCACCUACCUGGGUAUGGAGAGCUUUGAUGAAGUCGUCAGAUUGUGCGACGCUUCAACGUCUGUAACCUAUCUGGAGUCCAGCAAGCAGUUCCUGCAGCUCCGCAAGGUGGCACCAAGACACGGCCUGGAGAUUGUGGAGGGAGAGAGCAGCGGUGAGUUCAAGGCCGAGUUCCUGGUGGUGGGCAAGAGGAACCCCAGUAUGCCAGCCUGUCAGAAGCUGUGCCAGUGGCUGGAGAAUUGUUUGUCCACCAGCACCCAUCUCAACCCCUGCGGCAUCAUGAACACCCCCUGCCAGUGCUGGGAGACCCCCGUCAGGAAGCCCGGCGGCUGCUACCGUGGAGGCAUCUACCUGGAGAAGUGCACCCCAACCCCCCGAGACACUGGACGUGACAUUGUCCGCGACGGCUGGAGUGGGUGGGGCCGCUGGUCUGAGUGCAGUAUGGAGUGCGGGGGUGGAGUCCAGGUGCGCAGCCGAGCCUGUCAGCCAGAGGAUAGUGUGUGUGAAGGCGUGGUCGAAGAGGGGCGUGCCUGCAACCCUCAGCCCUGCAUUGGUCAAGUGCGCAGCCGUAGCCAAGCCCUAGCUUCCAUCGUCGGCCUGAAAAGAGACGACGCUGAUGUUCCUAUCACUGGAGUUGUGGCCCCUCAAACAGUGGACGCUGCUGCGGUUGCAGAUGAGUGGUCCCCCUGGAGUGUGUGUUCAGUGAGCUGUGGAGAGGGCUGGCAGGCCCGCUCCCGUUUCUGUGUUACCUCCUCCUACAGCACCCAAUGCACCGGCCCCCUCCGCGAGAACCGGCCCUGCAACAACACCAUGGUCUGCCCCGUUGAUGGAGCUUGGGACGAGUGGUCCCCAUGGAGCCUGUGCUCGUCCACCUGCGGCCGUGGUUACCGUGACCGCACCCGCACCUGCAAGCAGCCCCAGAACGGAGGAGAACCCUGCAAGGGACCCAUCAAACAGACCAAGUUCUGCAACAUCGCAGUCUGCCCAGUGGACGGUGCCUGGAACGAAUGGUCUGGUUGGACCACCUGCUCCACCUCUUGCUCCAAUGGCACCAAGCAGAGGACACGUGAAUGCAACGGACCGUCCUACGGAGGUUCGGAGUGCCGUGGUGACUGGCGUGAGACCAAUAACUGCUUCCUGAAAGAUUGCCCAGUUGAUGGACGCUGGUUAUCAUGGAGCUCAUGGGGAAGCUGCAGUAAGACCUGUGGUGGAGGAAGCCAGCAGAGACAGAGGAUGUGCGAAGGACCUUACUUCAGUGGAGAGCCUUGCCCUGGAGAGAGAGGAGAGCUGAGACGCUGCAACGAGAAAAGAUGCCCAGAACCCCAUGAGAUCUGUCAGGAGGAGACCGACGGUGAUGUUGUGUGGAAGAGAACCCCAGCAGGAGAUAUGGCUGCAGUGACCUGCCCUAUAGACUCCACCGGCAUGAUCUUGCGCCGAUGCACCCUUGGCGCCGUAGGCCUUGCUUAUUGGGAGAACCCGACCCACAUCAAGUGCAUCUCCAAGAACUACCAGGACAUUUCCUUGUUGGCCCAGCAUGGUGUUGAUAAGGCUCAGAAGGGCCUGAUGGCUGAUGGGACUUCGGAGGUGAUCUCCCGACUGAGGGCCACCUCUGAUGAGGGGACCAAGUACAGCGGAGACCUGUUGUCCAUCAUGGAUGUACUCAGGAACACCACUGAGAUCUACAAGGGAGUGGGACACAGCCUGAGCAAUGCUGAUGUGGAGAACUAUGCCCAGACAAUCAGCAACUUACUGAAGGAGGAACAUCAUGACCAAUGGGAGGAGGCACAGCUGAUGGGCACUAACGUCAAGGAGUUCUUGCAGCUCGUGGAGGACUUUGUGGACAUGAUCGGUAUGCAGAUGAAGGACUUCCAAGACAUUUAUGAAGUCACCGAGAAUUUAGUGUUGAGCAUCCAUAAGCGCCCCACAACCAUGACCACCGACUUCACCUUCCCGGUGAAAGGCUGGAGAGGCAUGAUGGACUGGGUCAGGACCUCAGAAGAGAAGAUCACUGUCUCCCGUGACGCUCUGUCCAUCGACCAGUCUGAGGGCACCACUGCAUUUGUGACCGGGAUCAUUCUCUACAGAAACCUCAGCUCUAUCUUGUCCUUCCAAAGUAACAGCACCGUCCUCAACUCCAAGGUAGUCACAGUUGUGGUCAAGCCCACCCCAGGCCUGCUGUCCCCCCCAGUGGAAAUCGAGUUCCCCCACCAACAUAAUGACACCAUAAAUGAAACUUGCAUCUCCUGGGAUGAGAGUGAAACUUCUUCGCUGCUUGGAUCUUGGUCUGCGCGUAGCUGCAGAGCGGUCCCUGUUGAUUCAUUCAGAACCAAAUGCGUGUGUGACAGGCUCUCCACCUUCGCCAUUUUAGCGCGUCUAAACCCUGAUAUGAACAUGGAUAAGACUCUGCUUCCCUCUGUGACUCUCAUCGUGGGCUGUGGGGUCUCCUCUCUCACCCUUCUGCUCCUCAUCAUCAUCUAUGUCUCCGUCUGGAAGUAUAUCCGCUCGGAGCGCUCAGUGAUCCUCAUCAACUUCUGCCUCUCCAUUAUCUGCUCCAAUGCCCUCAUUCUGGUUGGACAAACCCAGGCUCGCAACAAGGUGGUGUGUGGUGUGGUAGCUGCCCUCCUUCACUUCUUCUUCCUCUCAUCUUUCUGCUGGGUGCUGACGGAAGCAUGGCAGUCCUACAUGGCUGUCACGGGCCGUCUGCGCAACCGCAUCAUCCGCAAGCGUUUCCUCUGCUUGGGCUGGGGACUCCCUGCUCUGGUGGUGGCUGUGUCUGUUGGAUUUACCAAGGCUAAGGGAUAUGGCACCGUCAACUACUGCUGGCUCUCUCUGGAGGAUGGACUCCUCUACUCGUUUGUUGGACCCGCUGCUGCUGUUGUUCUGGUGAACAUGGUAAUUGGUAUCCUGGUCUUCAACAAACUGGUGUCCAAGGACGGCAUCACCGAUGUCAAACUGAAGGAGCGAGCGGGAGCGUCACUGUGGAGCUCCUGUGUGAUUCUGCCCCUGCUGGCCCUCACCUGGAUGUCCGCUGUCCUGGCCAUGACCGACCGCCGCUCCGCUCUCUUCCAGAUCCUCUUCGCGGUCUUUGACUCCCUGGAAGGGUUCAUAAUCGUCAUGGUGCACUGCAUCCUGCGUAGAGAGGUCCAAGAGGCAGUGAAAUGCAGAGUUGUUGACCGUAAGGACGAUGGCAAUGGAGAUUCUGGCAGUUCCAUCCAAAAUAGCCACCACACCCAGCUCAUGUCUGAUUUCGAGAAGGAUGCUGAAUCCAACAGACCUGGUGGUAUGAACUCCUCCUGUGAGGAGAAGAUGCCCCUCCCACCUCAGCUGCCCCUCCCCAUGAGCUCCAACUUCCACACCCUGCCCUCCCACACCAUCAAGGCCCACAUGCAGGCUGUGCCCGAGUACUCCAGCCACACCCUCACCCUGAAGAGGGAGAAGAGCCGGCUGCAUGGCGGCAUGGACCCGUCCUCCUGCGGGAAACCCAUUUAUGUGUGCGAUGGUGAGCUUUUCCAGCAGCUGGAUGCCGACCUGGCGCGUAGCCAGGCGGAGGGGAGCUGCCCCGACGGUAGUGGCUACUUGCUCCUGCCCAACACCACCUCCACCCUUCGCAAGGCCAAAGAGGACCCGUCCAAGUACAACAUCAGCGUGGAGCAGCUUCCACAGACCAGGCUGGUUCAUCUCAGUGGGCCCUUCGCCGAACCCCAGGCCACCUUCGGACUCAAGACGCUACCGUCCGACCGGGUCAGCGUGUCCUACUCGGAGAGGGACUCACCCAUCCAGAACAUCCACAACAUGUCCAGCGAGUCUCACAUCACCCACAGCAGCCUGGGGGACACCUUCGACUCUCUGAACUCCAUGAUGUCCAAGAGCGAGACCAUCUCCACACUGUCCAUGAGCUCCCUGGAGAGACAGAAGUCCCGUUAUGCUGAAUUAGAUUUCGAGAAGAUCAUGCACACAAGGAAACGUCACCAGAACAUGUUCCAGGACCUCAACAGGAAAUUACAUCACGCUGAGAAACAAGACAGAGAGUCCCCUGCUUCAGACAGCAAGGACAAGCAGCAGCAACAGGUGGAGAGACCCUGGGAUGGGGUCCAGAGGACGCAGCAUUCGCCGCCUGCCUGGGUGCGGAAGGACCUAGAGCCCCUGGCCGUGUCGCCCUUGCAUAUGCAGCAGGUGGAGUGGGAGAACGCAGGAGCCACCAUCUCAAUGGUCAGCCAGGACAUCAUUGACCUGCAGACGGAGGUCUGA